GACGUCUUUUACUUUCAGUGGUCAACCAGCCGGUAUCGACGGAGAUAGACAGCGCCAGGCUGUAUAGCAACUGCACGGAUCCGAAUCGACAAGCUUCUCAGAGGCGGACAGUAAACGCAGCGCAAGAUGAUCUAGACCGGGAUUACUGAGGCGAAAAUACCGAAUACUUUAAGAGUACAUUCAUCGACGAGAGCGCUCAAGGCUCGUUUAGUUUUCGUCUCCACUCCCGUCUCCUCUUUGAGAGAUACGUUCCCAUGCGAUUCUUCAGACUCACAUUUAAGUGUUUCGUGGAUUGUUUUUGAAGGUGCUGUCUAGCUCGGUGUUUUUCUUUUUGUGAGCGUGUCUCAUUUUAUUUCUCAUUUUCGCUUUCUUAAUUUUGUGAGCCGAUUUUGAAUUCCAAUAACCCUUUCCCUAACGCGCUUCGCGGCAGUCUUUUGUCAGCAUUCUCACCGCUGGACAUUUGACGCUAGUAAAAAAUAUAAAAUACACGUAUUACAGAUUGAAAUAACGAAUUAAUAAAAACCCCAUACUUGUAUAAAAACAAGGAUCCAAUCCUCCAUUUGAGGUCGCCGCCCGAAAAACAAAAGGACAUUCUGGUGCCCUUCCUUGGGGGUGAAACUGGUCUGAGAAAAUAGAGGACUGUACUAUCUGGGAUCGUUCAGAAUCUUUAUACUAUUAACUGAUCUCAUCAGUGGCUUUACCUUUCCCAGAGUUGUAAGGACUGUGAGGGUUCUUUGUUUACAAGUGGAUGGCUGGGAUGGAGAAAUCCGCUCUGAAUAGUGACUGCUGCGCUGUGAAUCUGGUCCUCGGGGAGGAAAAGAAGGGCCACCUCAUCCCCAAUGGAAAUGGGCACCAAGGAGUGAACGGGAACCUGGUUGGAGGUGCAGGGGCUGGCGCAGCAGGAGCACCUGGAUCCAUGCCCCCAGUGGACAAACUUGGGUACCCCGAGCGAGAGACGUGGACCAGGCAGAUGGAUUUUAUCAUGUCCUGCGUGGGAUUUGCAGUUGGGCUAGGCAAUGUGUGGCGCUUCCCCUACCUCUGCUACAAGAACGGUGGAGGGGUGUUCCUCAUUCCCUAUAUGUUGAUCGUAUUUGUGGGUGGUAUUCCCAUUUUCUUCCUGGAGAUUGCUCUGGGGCAGUUCAUGAAAGCUGGAAGCAUCAACGUGUGGAAUAUUGCGCCUCUUUUUAAAGGUUUGGGGUAUGCCUCAAUGGUUAUAGUGUUUUUCUGUAAUACUUACUACAUCAUGGUAUUGACCUGGGGCUUCUACUACUUCAUCAAGUCCUUCAACGCCACUCUGCCCUGGUCUACCUGCAACAACCCGUGGAACUCCGAGAGCUGUAUUGAGAUCUUCCGCCAGGACGACUGUCUAAACGGCACCAUCGGGAACUCCAGCUUUGGUAACCUGACCUGCGAGGAGCUUGCCGACGGACGCUCGCCUAUUAUUGAGUUCUGGGAGAAUAAGGUUCUGGACAUCUCGGACGGGCUGGACCAACCAGGGGCCAUAAACUGGGAGCUGAUGCUGUGUCUGCUGGCCGUUUGGUUCAUGGUGUACUUCUGCGUGUGGAAGGGAGUGAAGUCAACAGGCAAGAUUGUGUAUUUCACAGCCACCUUCCCAUAUGUGGUGCUGAUUAUCCUGUUAGUGAGGGGCGUGACCCUGCCUGGGGCCUAUGAUGGGAUCAUGUACUAUGUUAAGCCUGACUGGUCUAAGCUCGGUGAGGCUCAGGUGUGGAUUGACGCUGGUACACAGGUUUUCUUUUCCUAUGCCAUUGGUCUGGGUGCUCUCACUGCGCUUGGCAGCUAUAACAGAUUCAACAACGAUUGCUAUAAGGAUGCAUUCAUGCUAGCUCUGAUCAACAGUGGCACCAGCUUCUUUGCUGGUUUUGUGGUGUUCUCCAUUUUGGGGUUUAUGGCAUCGGAGCAGGGGGUGGACAUCUCCAAAGUGGCUGAAUCAGAUGUGCACAUCUCGCUUUCAAGAGGGGUCCUGGAGCUGACUGCUGCAGCAGGCCCUGGCUUGGCGUUCAUUGCUUACCCAAAAGCCGUGUCGAUGAUGCCCGUUGCUCCACUCUGGGCAGCUCUCUUCUUCUUCAUGCUUCUCCUCCUGGGACUCGACAGUCAGUUUGUCGGAGUCGAAGGUUUCGUAACAGGGAUUCUGGAUCUUUUUCCUGGAAAGUAUUACAUGCGCUAUCGGCGUGAAAUUGCCGUGGCGAUCUGCUGUUCAUUGUGCUUCAUUAUUGAUCUUUCCAUGGUUACGCAGGGAGGGAUGUAUGUCUUCCAACUCUUUGACUACUACUCGGCCAGUGGUAUGACCCUGCUGUGGCAGACAUUCUGGGAGUGCUUGGUGGUUUCCUGGGUUUAUGGUGCUGACAGAUUCAUGGAUGAUGUUGCUCGUAUGAUCGGCUAUAGGCCGGUCCCCUGGAUGAAGUGGUGCUGGUCUUUUAUUACUCCGUGUGUGUGCAUGGGAAUCUUCUUGUUUCACCUGAUUAACUACAAGCCUCUCACCUACAAUAACGAGUAUGUGUACCCGUGGUGGGGGGAGGUGAUCGGCUGGUGUAUGGCUCUCUCUUCCAUGCUGUGCAUCCCAGUGAGUCUGAUCUACAAGCUCUUCAGGGCCAAGGGGACCUUUCAGGAGCGUUGGGACCACCUGACCAAACCGGUUUGGGGUGCUCACCAUCUCGAAUACAUGGCCCCUGACACUGACGUCAAGAGCCUGGCCUCUCUCACUCCGGGGACCGAAGAGAACAAGGUCAUCAUUUUCGAGAGUGUUAUGUAGGCGUGCGGUCUGCAGGACACAUCCGCUCCUCCCCAGACAAGCUGGCUGAAGCCUUGGGCCUGACCUCACUCCCGUUCUCAUCUCAUGGCCUUCUCUGUAAUCACAAACAUCACACACAUCGUGAAUGAGCAAUCAGUGUGUAGUACCAUUCAACUGUCAUGUAAACGAUCAACAUGUGGUACCCCCCACCCCCCACCCCAUCUAAAAAUAAAAACUGAAAUGAAAUGCUUCUCUUUACUGGUGCUGACACUAGACAAGACUCCUGCUAAAGGCAGCAGUUGCUGGUGUAUUCCCUGGGAUGAAACCAGAGUAAUGGCCUCCUGGUAGCUCCCUGACCUCCAGUGAGUGGGUCCUCGGCUCCUCGGCUCUCAGCCAGCUUGUCCCGGGAGGCGGAAGGCGGAAGGCCGCACUGUCGCUUGGCCGUCAUUCGCUCGGGGGCUCCGGGUCCUCAGCAGACCGGAGCCAAACUAGGUCACCGCAGAAUUCCCACAGGCCGUCUUCCUCUCUCCGUCUUCCGCGUUCAUCGCACAUUAGCAGACUACUCUGACCUUUUUUCAAGGACAAAAAAAAAAUUAGAAUAAUUAGAAAAGUUUUUUAAGUUUUAUUUUUAUCCAGAUAAUAAUGCAAAAAUACCCAAUGAUGCGCCGCUUUAUAAGAUGGUGCUCCUGAAAAUGUGUUCUGAUGGCUUUGAAGAUAGUUUUGUUCCGAUCGUUUUGAAGAACUGCACCCGUCUUUAAUAAAAACAAAAAAAAAGGUAUAUUUACAGAUCCCUCAAUGCUCUCAGUGACUUGUGCAAUUACAAAAUCCGAAUGAAUCAUGCAGACUUCAGUGUGUCUGUGUGCAGGUCCUGACUUGUGUGCUGCUAUUCAAACAGUCAAUACUUUACUGUUAGUGGUGUAAACAUCACUCUUCACCACGAUAGGAUACGAUCUUGAUUCUUGGUUUUUAUUGGGCUAUAUCACAGAUUUUCCUACAAUACACUCGAAAACAAUCUGAUAUAGUGAGAAGCAAUCAAUAUAUAUGAUCCACUAACACAAUCCUGUUAUUACAGCUCACACAUACAAUCAAGAAAUAUGAUUUUGUCUGUUUUGCUAGAGAACCAUAAGAUUAAUACGCAUUUUGCUUUGAUUCCCAACGAUACUCAUUCAUAUUACCACAUUGUAUUGAUUGGAUCGGAUCGUUGCCGUUUAAAACCGAUAACAUCCUGAUCAAUGUGUCAUUACACCCCUAGCUUCUAUCUUUCAAAGUCUGCCUUAAAAGACAGUACAUGCAGCAAUGUCAAGAUCCCGCAAGUAACUGCACUCUUAGUUUAUCGUGCAAAUGAGAUGCUGGUGAAAUGCUUAAUACCAAUUCAGAAGAUUUUAUCGGCAUGACAGAAUUGUAAAAACAAUUAAAAACUCUGGAAAGGCUAUCUUUGGAUACAUACUGGAUUUCAAAGUGAAAGAUUACAUUGGUCCAUUCAAAUCAAAGUCCAGUAGAAUUUUCUAUCCGUUUCAUAAGCCGUGUACUGACAUACACUGUAGUUGUCUUUAUUCUACAUCUGGAGGUGUACAAUAUGUAGUUCCGUGUACCAUCUGCUGGAUUUGGUUGGAAACUGAGUAUGAUAUCUCAAUGAUAUCUCUGUUGCCAAAGUUUCUGUUGCAGGCACUGUCUGUCUUUGACCAUGACAGAUCUUCUUGUAGACAUAAUCAUUUUUUGUGCCAAAUGGAACAUUCCAUCUCUGGCUGUAUGAUCUAUAACAGAGAAUGGUAUUUUGUUGCCAUAAAAACAAUGCAUACUUUAUCUACCUUGUUUAGUAUCUCCCGUGUAUUACGAACAAAUAUGUGUUUUUGAUCUUUUUGAAAACAAGAUAAAACAAGUUCUGGUAAACUGCAAUUGAAAGAUGUUCCAUGCAAGAAUACAUUUGAUUCUCCAAGUUUCAAUGUGUGCCUACCUGUUUUAUCAUGCUCCCAUCAUAAAUUAUCAAAUGCGUUACUAGUCAUGGCCAUUUUACCCCAUGUUGCCCAGACCAGUUUUAUAUAACAAUGUUCCCUUGCCUCACAGGUUUCCCAUGCCUCCAAUUUACUCCCACAAAUACACAAAGUAAAUAGGCAUGACCACAGAAUUUGUGAAUUCAAAAAAUACUAAGCUGUUUAUGUACGGUCUUUGGAAUGCAAUUUAGAAAUCAACCUGGACAGAUAUUUUUGAUCCCAAAUAGAAGAAAUGUCCAGGAAAGAAUGAGGGUCUGGUCAGGUUCAAUAAAUAAGUAUACUGUAUGGGACAGUCACAGCUAGCUGCAUUGCCCUGGGACCGUGCCUUGAGUUGACUGAGUACUGUAGAAAUAUUCUGCUCCAAACACAGCCAGGCCAUUGAACUUUCUUUUCAAUAGAACAUUCUAGAUUAUUUGGCAUCAACAUGGGUGGUAAAUACCAAAAUUUGCCUUUUGUUGUUUUGUCUUAAAUUGAACCCAUUCAUCAAACCGUGAACAGCCAAAUACUAUACAGGUCCUCCAGGGAGAUGCCCUGAAUAUUGCCUGUGGGAAUUCUGCCAUUCACACAACAUUGAAAACAGACAUCCAUCAUUGUAACAUAGUAAAAAUACUUAGAAUGUAAUAGCUCUGAAUAACAUAAUGCUACAAACCACAUUUGCACAUUGUUGUAAAAUAAUUGCGCUAGCACUUUUAAACUGUGUUAGAAUAUGACUUUUUCUUUUACUUUAUUUGUAAAAUGAAUCAGAGAUUUAUUUUGUGAUGGCUUUUAUCUGAAUUAUACACAUAUAUAUUAUAUAUAAAUGUCUGUGUGUUAUAUUUUAAAAGCUGCAGUGUUAUUUUGAUGAUGAUAAGAAAAUGCACCAUGCAAUGCAUUGUAAAGCAGUAUCUUAAGAAGGGAUAAAGUAAUUAAUAGCACACUAUAAACCUUGGAAUUUUUGAGAUAACAAGUGCUAAUAUUUUAUUGAUAUUAGAUUAUUAAUCUGUAAUCGAGUUUGCCUAAGACCACCCAGAGCUUCUUUAUUUCUGUCAUAAAAAAUUAUUUACAGUUUACAGAGUAACACGUGACAGAAAUUUUACAUUUCUGAUAGAUACGCUUCCCUUUAUUAUAUUAGAAACUAAAUGGCUUUGAUAUUUAGUCAUUUUUAAAUUGUUGGCUCUUUAUUAUAUUAGAGAAAGGGCAACACACACAUUCCCUAAGUACCUUAGGCUAGAGUUUGGUCAGCCUUCAUUGUUGUUGUAGAUUCACAAGUGCCAUUCAUAAGUUUGAUUAUGAGCCCUAAUAACCAUUGCAAGACAAGUUUGACAAAAAACAUAACAUAAAACAUAAGACAGUAAACACUUUUUACACGUUGCAUUUAGGUUUCGUUUUUAUUUUCUAUUGUGUAUAUUUUUUACACACAUUACCCUUCAAUUAUAUAAUAGCCUGGGUUGGUCAGAAGGUGUAUUAAUAACAUGAUAUUUUUAUUAUGUUAAAUUAUAUAUAUUAUACAAUUGUAAUGUACAUAACCAAAAUCAUAUGUAUUGUGUCAUUCUGUGCAGUCCUGGCAAGACAUUUUCUCAACAGUAGCUUUCCUCCAAAUGCUUGGUUCGAUCAGGUUGUCACUUUGUGACAGUUAUUUACAUUGGAAAACUGAUGUGGUAUAUAAUCAUGUGUUUGCUGAUGAGACAAAAUGGAGUUUAAUCAAAAUGGAUACUGUAAAUUACUAUUUUAAAGCUUUAGAAUGCUCUGAAAUGUUACUGAAAAUUCCAAUAUAGUAUUCAUUUUUAACUCAUAAAUGAAAAGUUUUGCAAUCUAUGUAUAAAUACAGACUAUUUAGAGAUUGUUUAUGUUUGAAUAGUUGUGUAUAGAUUUCAAGCUUGUUUGAACUAGGUUAAGUUGUGUUCUUUAAUGCUUACGGCAUGAUAAUUAUUUCAAUUGAUUGUUCUCAUUGGUUAAUGCUCCUACAGAAGACAAUGCCUCUACUAGAAACUAAUAGUGAAUUUCCUUUUUUUAACUCCUGUAAUACCAGAUCAGCAUGCUUAUGAUAUGGUUGCCCAUAAAUGAUACAAUUAUUCAAACACUCAAGCAAGACACUGCAUACACAUUCAAAGCUUUGCAAAAAAAUUAUGCAAGGCACUGUGUAAAACACGGUUCUAAUAAUUAUCACUGAGUCAAUUACAUUCUGUGCAUACCGUAUUCUUGAAACAUGACUCCUAUUGCAAAUACAUGUUCCACUGUUCCAUUGCUUGGAUGGAAAGAAAUAAUGAGGUAUGUUGAAUAGUAUGAAAAUCUAUACUGAUGCAAAUUAGGAAAUAAUCAAAAUCAGGUGUAAAUCCAACAACCCAAGCUAUUGGGACAGAUACUGUUGAGAAAAGACACAUUAACACUGUUGAGCUCGUACUCAACUCAUGAUUAACUCAUCGUUGUGCUUCAAUGCAUCUACCUUGUGAGACGGUACUAAGUCCAGUCUUCCAUUCAUGCUAUCGGGUAGUAUUUAAGAGUAACAAUGAUAACUAUAAUUCUGUUGAUGACACCAAGGGCUUCAUGCUUAACAUCACUGUGUUUGUACGCUGAGAAUCCAUUCAGAUCAGAGUAACAAAUGGCAAUAAAGACUCUCAAACAGUAA